CCAUCUUUUAUCAAAUCUGAGGGGAAUAGAGCCACAAGGAAAAUGCGGGAAACUGGGAUGGAGGGGCAGUGAGGCCCCCCCCCCCGUGAGGGGUCAAUAAUAAUACCCUCUGAGGGGCAAUAAUGCUCUGAGGGCGGCAUCAAUACCAGAGAGGGGCAAUAAUACCCUCUGAGGGGGCGAUAAUAUCAGAUGGGGGCUCUAAUCCCCUCUGAGGGGAUGAUAAUCUCCCAGAGUGGGGUCAUUUAUACCCCCUGAGGGGUGUAAUAAUCUCCCAGAGAGGGAGCUGUAACACCCACUAUGAGGGGGACAAUAAUGCCCUCUGAAAAGGUGCUGAAUAGAAGAACCACUCGUACUAGCAAUGAACAGGGGUCACGCAUACUCCACUGAGAAGUCAAUCCCCAUGUAAUGCUGCCAUUGAGGUUUACAGUGUUUCCCAGUGUAAUAUCUCCAGUGAGAGUGAAAUUAAUAAACUCCAGGGAGGUGGCAGUAAUUUGGCCCAGUGAUAGAGACAGUAAUAUACUCAGUUAGGGAGGUGCUGCAAAAUCCCCCAGUGAGUGAUAUUCCCACUGAGGGUCGCAGUAAUCCAUGACCAACAACCUCCUCCAACCUCCACUGCUGAUGACAGAAAUAUCCUCUUGGGAGUCAGACGGAGGAAUAUGCCUAAUGAGUGCAAGGAUGGUCAUAUCUCACUGGAGGUGAGGGACCCUAAUACUCCUACUGGUAGUAAGGGACAUUAACAAGCCCCUUCCAAGCUCGGAAACAUCAGCAAGAUUAUUUAAUCUUGUUUUUAUAAAGCUGGACAACAUUCCUAUAAUUUCUUAUUACUACUGAGGGUUCAAUAUAGCAGACAAUUUCAGCAGACUUGAUGUAGUGCACUGUCAAAAUGUCAAAGGGUCAGCACGUAAUUGGCAGUGCAAAAAAGGUUCAUUUUCAAGUUGCGAAUGUUGACCUGUCUGACCAAUCCCCCGUUCAAAUAGAAUUUGAGAAACUGAGCCACAUUCCAUGCGGUACGAUACAUUUAGGAAGAGAUCAGAAAAUUGAACAAGUUGUGGAAUCCAGUCAGAACUUUGAACUGCAGUCUCAAGAUGAGACUUCAGUUAGUGCAUCUUCUCGCAAAAUCAACAUUUCCAAAAGUAGUUUGCCUUCUUUUGAGGCUCAACAACAAGACCAGUUAUCUUCACAUGUUAAAAAACCAGUCAGUUCACAGAAGACAAGUAAUAUAUUAGCUGUUCUUGGCCUUUCAUCUAAGGAUCUAGAUGAAGUGAAGGGCUUUCCUAAAGACAAACUUACACUUGACACAUUGCCGAAGAUUCUUAAGCAAAUUAAGAAGAAAAGAGCAUCUUUGAAACAUGGGAAAAGUGACAAUUCUCCACAACAAAACCAAUCCACCGGUACUUCUCGUGAUGGUAGCAUCGAAGAAAAACCAUCGACAAAAGGUCAAGGCACUGUGAUCAAGCCACUAGUCAACUAUGGCUAUGAUCCUUCCUCUGGAGAGUCCAGUCCUGGAUCUGAACGGGAAGAAGUAAGUGGUGAUGGUUCUCGUAAAAAAGAGAGACAUUUCACUGAGUCCCCAAAUUGUCGAAGUAAAUUUGAUUCUGAUUCCGAAACUGAAUCUGAUUACGAAAUAGUUGAGGAACAUCACAUGCCAUGUGAAGAAGAAUCUCUCCUUGAGACAAAAAGGAAAACUCCUAUUCUGCAAAACAUAAAGGAUUUUCUUGGUUACUUGCCUGUGGUGCUUCCACACUGCUGCUCACUGUGUGACAAAAUAAUUGAUACUCUCCAGGAUUGGAAUGGCCACAUGAAUGAUCCAUUACACAAGCUACGUUGUCUGCUUCUUCAGAGAGUCUACCCAGAUUGGAACCCAGGAGAACUGCCAGAUACAAAGAAAAGUCCAGAGAAGACCAAAGCUCCAAUUGUUGUCCUGAAAAAAAAGGUGAAGAUCAAAAGAAACACAGAAUUUCCUGAACAAAGCAAACGAGAAAAUCUGAAAGAACUCCGUAGUCGAGUUGUGGUCCUCAGCAAUUUGCCAUCAUCCGGUUUUUCAGAUUUUGAUACUGUGAGGCUUGGUUCUGGUUUUGGAAGGGUUCUCAAGUAUUUAAAAGUUGGGGAAAAGGCUUUCCUGAAAAUGGAUUCCGAAAUUGCUACUAAUAACUUAAUUGAACACUUCAGGAGGAAUCCUUUAUUUUAUGGUAGAUUAUUGACUGUGAAUAUAUCUUCUGCUCAAAUACAACCAUUGCUUAAGAAACCAUCUGCAAAGAUUGAAGAAAUGUUGAAGAAAGUAAAUCAAGCAGAUAUAAGUACAAAAGAAUGUUUUCUGGGUCCUAUCUUGAAGCAUAAACCUGAUGAUUUGAAAAAGUCCUCGCCAUCUGGAAGAGAGAGGAAAAGUUCUGAAAGUAGUGAGAAAGCAGAGUCAAAGAGCUCCGAUGAGAGUGAUGGAACAGAGGGAUGGAGAAGUUUUUCAAGGACAAGGCACAGAAACCGUGAAAAGAUGCAACACGGAAACCGAGAUAGAAUAGCACGAAGAAACUCUAAACUAAAACAGCGGCAAAGCCAUGAAAGUAGAGAGUGGAGGGCCAACCGAGGAAGAGGAAUGCGGAGAACCAGCCGCGAGAGGGGAGAGCGCAGAGGUAGCCGCGAGAGGGGAGAGCGCAGAGGCAGCCGCGAGAGAGGAGAGCGCAGAGGCAGCCGCGAGAGAGGAGAGCGCAGAGGUAGCCGUGACAGGGCUGAACGUAGGGGUGGCCGUGAAAGAAGGGUACAUAGAGGUAGCAGGGAAUGGCGAGAGCAGAGAGCCAGCAUUGAGAGAGUGGUGCGAGGAGGCAGCAAUGAAAGACGGGUGCGGCGAAGCAGUAGACAGAGAGUAGAGAGGGGAGUUGGCAGCAGCGAACGGAGAGACAGUAGUGAGAGGGGAGGUAGCAGUGAAAGGGGCGAAUGGGGAAAUAGUAAUGAUAGGGAAGAGCGGGAAGGCAGCAGUGAUAGGCUGGAGUGGGGAGACAGCAGUGAGAGAUGGGAGUGGGAUGAUAGUAGUGAGAGACGGGAGUGGGGUGACAGCAGUGAGAGACGAGCGUGGGAUGACAGCAGCGAUAGGUUAGAGUGGGGUGACAGCAGCGAUAGGUUAGAGUGGGGUGACAGCAGCGAUAGGUUAGAGUGGGGUGACAGCAGUGAGAGACGGAAGUGGGGUGACAGCAGUGAGAGACGGGAGUGGGGUGACAGCAAAGAUAGGAGGGAGCCUAAAAUAAAUGAUGUAGAAAUGAAUUCUGAGGAGCUUCGAGAGGAAAGUGCUAUUCCAUUUCUGGGAAAUGAUUCAGAACUUGAAGCUCUGUUGGACAAGUCUGAAACGAAUGAUGAUGGAAGCAUUCUAAAGCAUGAGCAGGAUGGAUCGAAGGAUGAAAUGAAAGAAACCGGUACUCAAGUUGAUACAAAAAUAAAUCUACAAGAGACAGUGUUGGAGAAGAGCUUUAGGACCAUGAAAACGUUACAGCACAGAAAGGAGGCAUUCGGAAUAAACUAG